UGUGCUGAGUGUGUCUGUUUAAAUAUUGGGGGUGGGUGUAUAUCUCUCUCCCUUUCUCUCUCUCUUGCUUUCUCUACGGUAGCUGUCGUGUAAUGGUAGUGAAAUAGUCAUCAUUGCUUGAAGCGUAUAGUAAAGAAAGCAUGGCUGCCAGUCGGGUACUCGUAUACGGAGGAAGAGGUGCACUGGGUAGCAAAAUUGUUCAGCACUUCAAAUCUAAAGGAUGGUGGGUAGCCAGCAUCGAUAUCGUUGCCAGUGAGGAGGCAAACGCGAACGUGCUGGUGAAGUUGUCGGAGUCAUUUACUGAGCAAGCAGGACAGGUGACAGCAGAUGUGGCCCAGUUGCUAGGGGACCAGAAAGUGGAUGCCAUCUUGUGUGUGGCAGGUGGAUGGGCUGGAGGAAAUUGCAGCUCCAAAGACCUGUACAAAAACACAGACAUGAUGUGGAAGCAGAGUGUGUGGACCUCUACCAUAUCUAGCCAUCUGGCUGCUGUGCACCUGAAGCAGGGUGGACUACUGACUCUGGCUGGGGCUAAAGCAUCACUGGGUGGUACUAGUGGCAUGGUGGGCUAUGGCAUGGCCAAGUCAGCAGUCCACCAGCUCUGUCAGAGUUUAGCAGGAGAAGACAGUGGGAUGCCCCCUGGAGCUGUGGCAGUUGCCAUACUACCGGUAACCUUGGAUACUCCAAUGAACAGGAAGUUCAUGCCUGAUGCAGACUUUGGUUCCUGGACACCACUGGAGUACAUUGCAGAAACUUUCUUCAGUUGGGCCACCGGUGCGGAUCGUCCAGCAUCGGGAAGUCUGAUGCAGCUCACCACCACCGGAGGCAAGACACAGGCCCUACCCACACAAUAAGACACAUUUCCUACCCACAUAAUAAGACACAUUUCCUACCCACAUAAUAAGACACAGGCCCUACCCACAUAAUAAGACACAUUUCCUACCCACAUAAUAAGACACAGGCCCUACCCAGACAAUAAGGCACAUUUCCUACCCACACAAUAAGGCACAUUUCCUACCCACACAAUAAGACACAUUUCCUACCCACACAAUAAGGCACAUUUCCUACCCACACAAUAAGACACAUUUCCUACCCACACAAUAAGACACAUUUCCUACCCACACAAUAAGACACAUUUCCUACCCACACAAUAAGACACAUUUCCUACCCACAUUAUAAGACACAUUUCCUACCCACAUAAUAAGACACAGGCCCUACCCACACAAUAAGACACAUUUCCUACCCACACAAUAAGACACAUUUCCUACCCACAUAAUAAGACACAGGCCCUACCCACACAAUAAGGCACAUUUCCUACCCACACAAUAAGACACAUUUCCUACCCACACAAUAAGGCACAUUUCCUACCCACACAAUAAGACACAUUUCCUACCCACACAAUAAGACACAUUUCCUACCCACACAAUAAGACACAUUUCCUAUCCACACAAUAAGACACAUUUCCUACCCACACAAUAAGACACAUUUCCAACCCACACAAUGACACAUUUCCUACCCACAUUAUAAGACACAUUUCCUACCCACAUUAUAAGACACAUUUCCUACCCACAUAAUAAGACACAGGCCCUACCCACACAAUAAGACACAUUUCCUACCCACACAAUAAGACACAUUUCCUACCCACACAAUAAGGCACAUUUCCUACCCACAUAAUAAGACACAGGCCCUACCCACAUAAUAAGACACUGGCCCUACCCACACAAUAAGACACAUUUCCUACCCUCACAAUAAGACACAUUUCCUACCCACACAAUAAGACACAUUUCCUACCCACACAAUAAGACACAUUUCCUACCCACACAAUAAGACACAUUUCCUACCCACACAAUAAGACACUUUUCCAACGCACACAAUAAGACACAUUUCCUACCCACAUUAUAAGACACAUUUCCUACCCACAUAAUAAGACACAGGUCCUACCCACACAAUAAGGCACAUUUCCUACCCACACAAUAAGACACAUUUCCUACCCACACAAUAAGACACAUUUCCUACCCACACAAUAAGACACAUUUCCAACCCACACAAUAAGACACAUUUCCUACCCACAUUAUAAGACACAUUUCCUACCCACAUAAUAAGACACAGGCCCUACCCACACAAUAAGACACAUUUCCUACCCACACAAUAAGGCACAUUUCCUACCCACAUAAUAAGACACAUUUCCUACCCACAUAAUAAGACACAGGCCCUACCCACACAAUAAGACACAUUUCCUACCCACACAAUAAGACACAUUUCCUACCCACACAAUAAGGCACAUUUCCUACCCACAUAAUAAGACACAGGCCCUACCCACAUAAUAAGACACAGGCCCUACCCACAUAAUAAGACACAGGUCCUACCCACACAAUAAGACACAUUUCCUACCCACACAAUAAGACACAUUUUCUACCCACAUAAUAAGACACAGGCCCUACCCACAUAAUAAGACACAGGCCCUACCCACACAAUAAGACACAUUUCCUACCCACACAAUAAGACGCAUUUCCUACCCACACAAUAAGGCACAUUUCCUACCCACACAAUAAGACACAUUUCCUACCCACAUAAUAAGACACAUUUCCUACCCACACAAUAAGACACAUUUCCUACCCACAUAAUAAGACACAUUUCCUACCCACAUAAUAAGACACAGGCCCUACCCACACAAUAAGGCACAUUUCCUACCCACACAAUAAGACACAUUUCCUACCCACACAAUAAGACACAUUUCCUACCCACACAAUAAGACACAUUUCCUACCCACACAAUAAGACACAUUUCCUACCCACACAAUAAGACACUUUUCCAACGCACACAAUAAGACACAUUUCCUACCCACAUUAUAAGACACAUUUCCUACCCACAUAAUAAGACACAGGCCCUACCCACACAAUAAGGCACAUUUCCUACCCACACAAUAAGACACAUUUCCUACCCACACAAUAAGACACAUUUCCUACCCACACAAUAAGACACAUUUCCAACCCACACAAUAAGACACAUUUCCUACCCACAUUAUAAGACACAUUUCCUACCCACAUAAUAAGACACAGGCCCUACCCACACAAUAAGACACAUUUCCUACCCACACAAUAAGGCACAUUUCCUACCCACAUAAUAAGACACAUUUCCUACCCACAUAAUAAGACACAGGCCCUACCCACACAAUAAGACACAUUUCCUACCCACACAAUAAGACACAUUUCCUACCCACACAAUAAGGCACAUUUCCUACCCACACAAUAAGGCACAUUUCCUACCCACAUAAUAAGACACAGGCCCUACCCACAUAAUAAGACACAGGCCCUACCCACAUAAUAAGACACAGGUCCUACCCACACAAUAAGACACAUUUCCUACCCACACAAUAAGACACAUUUUCUACCCACAUAAUAAGACACAGGCCCUACCCACAUAAUAAGACACAGGCCCUACCCACACAAUAAGACACAUUUCCUACCCACACAAUAAGACGCAUUUCCUACCCACACAAUAAGGCACAUUUCCUACCCACACAAUAAGACACAUUUCCUACCCACAUAAUAAGACACAUUUCCUACCCACACAAUAAGACACAUUUCCUACCCACAUAAUAAGACACAUUUCCUACCCACAUAAUAAGACACAGGCCCUACCCACACAAUAAGGCACAUUUCCUACCCACACAAUAAGACACAUUUCCUACCCACACAAUAAGACACAUUUCCUACCCACAUAAUAAGACACAGGCCCUACCCACAUAAUAAGACACAGGCCCUACCCACAUAAUAAGACACAUUUCCUACCCACACAAUAAGACACAUUUCCUACCCACACAAUAAGACACAUUUCCUACCCACACAAUAAGACACAUUUCCUACCCACACAAUAAGGCACAUUUCCUACCCACACAAUAAUACAUAGGCCCUACCCACACAAUAUGACACAGGCCCCACCCACACAAUAAGGCACAGGACCUAAACACACAAUAAGACACAGGACCUAACCACACAAUAAGGCACAGGGCCUAACCACACAAUAAGGCACAGGACCUACCCACAAAAUAGGAGACUGACCAGACUGACCAGGUGAAUAUAGAUAAAAGCUAUGAUCUCUUAUUGAUGCCACUUGUUAAAUCCACUUCAAUCAGUGUAGAUGAGGGGGAGGAGACAGUUUAAAUAAGGAUUUUUAAGCCUUGAGACAAUUGAGACAUGGAUUGUGUGUGUGUACCGUUCAGAGGGUGAAUGGGCAAUAACAAGUAUUUAAGUGCUUUUGAACGGGGUAUGGUAGUAGGUGCCAGGCGCACCGGUUUAUGUCAGGAACUGCAACACUUAACAGUUUCCCUUGUGUAUCAAAAAUGGUCCACCACCCAAAGGACAUCCAGCCAACUUGACACAACUGUGGGAAGCAUUGGAGUCAACAUGGUCCAGCACGCUUUCGACACCUUGUAGAGUCCAUGCAUUGUCGAAUUGAGGCUAUUUUGUACAGUCAGUGUAUGUGACCUUAUAGAAAUGUAAGCAAGGUUUGAAAUUAUUAUGUUUUAGUCAAAUAUUAUAUCUGUUUGGACUUCUUGUGGUCAAUUUACCGUAAAUGGCAGAAUAUAGUUGAUUAUCCCUGGUAUAGAGAGAUGGAGAGGAGGGAGGGGAAGGUAGGAGAGCGGGGACGGUAAAAAAAAUAUGCCCACAAUACCAUCUAGUGGUAGAAUGAAUCAGUUGCAGAGGAAACGUGAACCUCAAGUACAUUUACUUAUUUUGAAUUCUUUUAGUUUGAUCCAGUUUGAGAUUUAUGAAAAUGAGUAAGCCGCUGUCUUAAUGUCAAACGUACAAUACAUUUCAGUGGAGUUGCGAUACUCUGUGUCUUGUGCUGAGUGUACCCAAUAUGCGUGUGAAUGGUUGGUUGAAGAUGUACUGUCUAAGUACUAUUAUCAGUAUCUCAUAACAAUUGUUUUGAAAUUUUGUGCUGUUUGAUGUGGUUUUACCUCUGUCUCAAUGUGAAUAAAAAUCCACAUUAAUCACAA